AUGUUUAACAAGACAUAUUUCAAACCUCUUUUGAUUCUUCUUUAUCUGCUUGUUAACCAAACUAAUGGUUUACCUGUGGAAACAAUCUUUACAUUUCCAGGUCCUUUGCCUACUAUACUUCCCGAUGAUCAGGGACAUUUUGGCAAAGGGACCAUAGACUUGGGAGGUCUUGAGGUUAGACAAGUCUCCAUCUCCAACGCAACAGCACAGAGAGUAUGGAGAACAUAUGAAGGAGGACGAGAGGACAUGGGAUUCAGCAUCUUUGAACCUAUAAAUCUUCCUGUCAACUUCUUCAGGCUUGGCUUCUAUGCACAACCAAACAACCAGAAGCUUUUUGGUUGGAUCCUUGUUGCAAGAGACGUGUCUGGAAGAAGCUUAGGACCACCAGUGGACUACAUUGAAGUCUGGAACACUGCAUCGCUGGAUAUCAAACAAGACGGGUUUGCAUAUUUUUGGCAGCCGGUAUGUCUCAAAGGGUAUCAAGCGGUUGGUAUGCUUGUCACUACUUCCUCUCGAAAGCCUCCUCUGAAACAAGACUCUAUAACUUGUGUCCGGUCUGAGUUGACAGAGCAGAGUGAAGCCGAUACAUUGGUAUGGGGUUUUCAAGGAACUAGUGUUGUUAAGUUGAGACCGGUCCACAGAGGAACACAAGCAACAGGUGUGUACACAGGAACAUUCAGUUUUCAACAAGUAAACUCAUCUCCUCUUCCUUCUUUAUUCUGCCUAAAGAACACAAAACUCAACAUGUCUAACAUGCCAAGCGAAGCACAAACAAGAGCUUUGUUUGAAACGUACUCUCCUUUAAUAUAUUUCCAUCCAAAAGAACAGUUUCUACCUUCUUCGAUCCAUUGGUUCUUCACCAAUGGUGCCUUGUUAUACAAGAAAGGAAACGAAUCAAACCCUAUCCCAAUACAACCAAACGGUACAAAUCUUCCGCACGGCGGUUCAAACGAUGACUUGUUCUGGUUAGACUAUCCAGUCGAUAAGACCACCAAAGAGAAGUUAAGGAGAGGAGAUAUAAGAAACACCAAAGUGUAUCUACAAAUCAAACCAAUGUUCGGAGGCACAUUCACCGACAUUGCCGUAUGGGUAUUCUGUCCGUUCAACGGAAACGCCCACCUCAAGUUUCUAUUCAUCAAGAGCCUUUCUUUAGGAGAAAUAGGCGAACAUGUUGGAGACUGGGAGCACGUUACUUUACGGAUCAGUAACUUCGACGGCAAGUUAUGGAGAGUCUACUUCUCUCAGCACAGUGGAGGUACGUUGAUGGAUGCGUGUGAUCUAGAGUACGUUGAAGGUGGAAACAAACCGGUUGUAUACUCGUCGCUUCAUGGUCACGCGAUGUUUUCGAAACCUGGACUUGUGUUGCAAGGCAAGAGAAGGUACGGUCUAAGAAACGAUAUGGCGAGAAGUGACAAGUUGUUGGACUGCGGUGUGGGAUAUGAGGUGAUUGGUGGACCUUGGGGCGUGGUUGAGCCACCGUGGACGAGCUAUUUUAGGAAAUGGGGACCAAGAAAACGUUACAAGAUUGAUAAGCCAAUUAACUCAUUUGUUAAGAUUUUGCCCAAGUUUGUUAGGACAUGGUUACGAAAAUUUAUUGGUAGGAUUCCUUAUGAAAUGCUUGGUGAAGAUGGUCCCACUGGUCCUAAAGCUAAGUUGACUUGGACUAGUGAUGAUAAAUAUUCUUAA